GUACUACCUGAUACUUAAAGUCAAUGUUGACAAAACGAAAGUUGUUAUUUUUGCCAAGCGCUCCACAAAUAGAGUCUUCAAGUUUAUGCUAAAUGGCUCGUUUCUUCAUGCUGUUAAAGAAUAUGUUUACCUUGGUAUUUUAUUUACAAACACUGGUAGAUUCUGUAAGGCACUAAAGAGACUGACAGAUCAGGCAUCUAGAGCAAUGUACGCUGUAUUUCGUAAAAUUAGAAUAUUAGAAAUUCCUAUUGACUGUCAACUGAAAUUAUUUGAUCAACUUGUUCAGCCAGUAUUGUUAUAUGGAUCUGAAGUGUGGGGUUUUGAAAAUGCUGUUGUCAUUGAACGUGUACAUCUUAAAUUUUGUAAAUAUAUUCUCAAGUUAAAACAGUCAACACCCGAUUACAUGGUAUAUGGUGAACUAGGGAGGUAUCCUCUCAGCAUUUUCAUUAAGAUAAGAAUGAUUUCAUAUUGGUGCAAGCUAACAUCAUCACAAACUAGCCUUUCUAGUAUAGUAUAUAAACUUAUGUUUCAAAUGUCCAUUGCAAAUCCAGAUUACCAUUUCCCACUAUUAAAAGAAGUAAAAUGCAUUCUUCAAAAUAUAGGCUUUAAUUACAUUUGGCUGUCUCAAACCUUUAUUAGUGCCGCAUGGUUGAAACAAAAUGUGAAACAUGUUCUCAUUGAUAAUUUUCUGCAAAGAUGGCGAGAAUCAAAGGAAAAUUCAUCUAAAGGUUACUAUUAUAACAUGUUUAAAGAGUUACCAUCUCUAGAACCUUAUUUACUAGAACUACCAAUCACCUUACGCAUCUCUCUUGCUCGUUUUAGAACAGCAAAUCAUAGAUUACCCAUUGAAACAGGAAGAUGGUAUAAUAUUGUGAGAGAGGAAAGAAAAUGUACAUUGUGUAAAAAUUGUAUAUGUGAUGAAAUGCACUUUUUAUUAGAAUGUCCAAAACUCUCAGAAAUUAGAAACAAGUUUUUGCCUCAAUACUACUGUAUGUAUCCUUCUGCCGUAAAAUUCUCUCAUUUGAUGUCCAUUACUUAUAAGCCAACUCUAUUAAAACUGGCAAGUUAUAUAAGAUCAUGUAUGGAAAUGUUCCACUGACAUGUUUUCUUCAUUGUAUCUUAUUCCUGUGUCCAUUUACA